CGCGUAGUUUAGCAACUGAGUAAACGAUGAACAUGAGCUCGUCGUUAACAGUGCUUCCUAGGAAACCCCUACACAAAGCUCACAUAAACUUUUCAGACACCAUGGCUGGAGCCAUCACUGGGUCUUGGUUUCCGACUGGAUUUCAUGGACAUGCCCGCAGUAAAUCCCGGAAUGACGUAUUUCAGGAAUACAGACAACGGGCCAAGCCACCCCCUCCCGAGAAGCUAAUAAAUCGACUCCGGGAGAACCCUUUGAAACACAACUUUUCUAAACAUGAUAGUCGGCAAGUGUUUCAUGACAGUGCCACCUAUCUGGAGAAUAGCAAUGCUAUAAGUCGAGCAAAAACUGCUUUUGGAAGAAGAAGUGAAUUUAAGAAAGAUUUUAUGUCCUGGAUUCCAAUUCAGACUGACAGCCAACAACAGUGGCCAUUAAUAUCCACAUAUAAAGCAGAUUUCUGGCAUCACAGAAAUCCACAAUCCACAAAGGUGAUGAUUCCUCAGUUACUUAUCCCACGAGGUCAACCAUUGAUAACAGCUGUCUAUCCUAGAUCAGAAAUAAUGCAAACAACAUAUCGUCAAUUCUACAGCCACUGCCAGCCAAAUCCAAACAUUUAUACAAAUGUCUUUACUGGGCAAGUGCAGAGCACGCCCAUGGAAAAGGAAGCAACAUUUGUCUAUGUGAAUCCCAAACCAAAGCCAGCAAGUGGAAAAUGUAGAGCAAGACCUUUAUUAUCACAGUGUUCCACUGUUGCUGAUUGUCUUUUUUGGCCUGUCCCAAAAACAAAUCCAAUAAAUGACUGUCUGUCAUAAAAUUUUCAAUCAGUAUAAGGAGAAAACAAGUUCAACCCAGUGUUUCUAGACAACUUGAUAUCAUACCGGGGAAGAGAAGUCUGAACUUCUUUUUAAUGCUUGCCUUUUCAGAUAAUCUUAGGAAAUUGUAUGAACAGAAGGUUAUCAAAUAAUCUUCUAGACAUGGAGACUAAUUUACAAAGAGUCUUGAGCCAGCAGUUAAUUCUCCUGUCAGAACACAACUGAGUUGGAAGGUUUUGUAAAAGCUUUGUAUUUUCAAAGGAUUGCUGAAAGUGUUCCUAAUUAGGUACUGCUUGGCUACACACUCAGAGUAAGAAACCAUAGAAUGACUGAUUUGGGAAUUGUGGAUUAGGGAAAUGAUUUCUGAAUUUGAGACUAACGACAUAUUUUGAAGAGUGGUGGGAGUUUUACUUACUAUCUGGUUAUCACACACCUGACUUGCACUUGUUUGCUAACAGAGGAUACUUUAAAGGGGAUUACACUGUCCCAACAUUCCUCACUUUGAUUAUAAUUUAUGAAACAUAUUUGAAUGCAAUUCUUUAUGAAAAUGUCUCAGACCCUGUAUUUUAUUUAAUCUGAACAUACAAGAGUAGGACAGAUAGUGAAAUUGCAGGAAUUAACUCAAGAUGGAUUGGAUUAAAUGAGCAUAAUAUGGAAAUAAAAAGUAGAGGAAAAUUAAUAGAAUGUGGUGCAAGUUGCUACACAUAAGCUAAAAUAAUAAGCCCCAGGUAUACUGCAUGAAUUGUGCGGAGAGACCUAGGCAAAUUGGAAUGAGUAAAUCGGUCCAACUGAUGUAGGACAAUGAUUGCUCAAACCAAAUGAGUGUAAACAUGUAUCAUUACUGAGUUAGUAGUCCAGAGCACAUGAAUUCAAAUUUAAUUAUGGUAGUUUGACAAUUUAAAUUCAAUUUAAAAACUUUGGAAUAAAACAAACCGUUAUUCAUAAAAAGAGUUCAUGAAGCUGACAUCAUCUUUCUAAAAAAAAACUGCUUCAUAAUAAUGUCCUUUUAAAAAAAGGAACCUUACCAAGUCUGGUUUAUUUUGAUAUUGGUAUAUACCCCAAUGCAAUUGACUCUUAAUUGUCUCUGAAGUUGUUUAGCAAACUGUUCAGUUGGUAGGCCAGCUAGGUACAAGCAGUAAAUGUUGCUGACAAUAGCCACAAUUUGAGGCUGAGCUAAAAAAAGCUAAAACAGUUGAGCAUAAUUCAGAAUUACUCAUGAUCAAAAUGUACAGUGCUCUUUUCAGACCAGCCCUGGAGCACUGCAUUAAGAUUGGUCACUGAGACACAGAGUUGUUCAAGUGCUUGAGAUGGUUUGGAAGGGGAGACUCAAGAGAAUCCUAGUGAUACAAAUGUAAGCAUUUGCUUUGUAAUUCACAAUGUUGCUAAAAAGAGCAAAGUUGCAAGUUUUUUUUUCAUCUUGCACUGCUCAGGACUGGGAUACAAGAAAGCAAACAAGGAAAGAGAACCAUGAUUUAUUACAGCACAAGAGGAGGGUGCUGGUUGGUUGCACCCUAGUUGGGAUUGGAGAUGCAGCAGGAACAGGUAUGCAUUCCAUCAAAACAGCACUUGCCUCCACCACUAAUUUUCUACAUCAAAUCUCUAAUUUAAGCCCUUAUAAAAUGUGGAAGAUGUGGGUGCUUUAUUUUAGCCAUGCACUCCACAAUGAAACGUUAACCAAUUGACGGAUCUGGCUUCAUCCACUUUUUUGACACAAAAAUCUUCAAUAAGCAACUUGUUAGAUAACAAUUUUUUGGCUUUUAAUUUUUAAAACUAAUAUUCAGCAUAAAAAUUACUGUCCAGUGCUUGAACGGGAUAUUUUUAUUUCAUUAAUAAAUUGAUAUGUUGAGAGAAGAAGUCUUUAUCAUAUCAACCAGACAAUAACUGGUGCAGAGAUGUUAAGCUGGUGUGUAAACUGUUGCAGCCAUCCGCUUGAACAUUCGAUCCAUUAUUUUGUAAUGAGAUAGCAUAUUGUUGAUAACAAACAUGCAAGUACUCAAUCAAUUGGGAAGCAGAUGGCAGUUUCAGUUAAAACAGGCAACAGGUUUCCAGUUUCAGCCAUGCCAUUAAAGAGAGCAAAUCAUAAUUGAUAAGUCAAUCAGCUCUAUUCUGAUUGUGGCUUUUUGUAUUCAACUUUAGCCAUAUUGGUGGAACCUGUGAUCUCAGGUACUUGCAUCUUCAGUUGUGAAAUGGUUUGUAGUCUGAGAGUGGCUAAGUAACAAUACUAGAGAAUUUAUGUAUCUUUAACAAAGUGGAUUAAGACUGAACUCAAAAGCAGCUUUUGCUGUCUGUUCCCUUUGUACUGCAUGUUUCCAUCAUAUCAGUCCAUGUUUGAUCAGUAUGUUAUCCAUCUUGCCUGUUCAUUGCAAGAAGUAUAUCACACUUGCUCCUGUUUCCCCUAUUACAUUAGCUACCUGAUUAUUCAGAUGUUAUCAACAUAUUCCCCAACUCACCCAGUUCUAAGAAAUCAAAUGUAUUCAUCUUGCCUGUCGUUGUUGCUAGGUCAUUGCUUUCCUCACGUCUCCUUCAGAAGUCAGAGUAUAUUUUAAUGUUGAUUAAUUGUAAAAUAUUUUGAUAAGUUGAUUUAUUUAAAAAUAUAUUAGCUAUUAGUUAAGAUAAUCUGUGAUUUGUCUACUUUUUAUCUAGAUUAUUUUAAAUAAUUUAGCUGUUCUAAACUUGUCUAUUUGUACACAAAGACAAGUAGAUUGUAAGCUAAACUGAAUAUGUGUCAGUAUCUUCAAUGGCAGUUUCUUUCCUCCAACAGAUCAUACUAAUGCCAUCUGCAUGGCUAAUGUGUAUAAACAACAUACAGUGAAGUAUUUGCAAGCAUUCUUCUGCUAAACAGCAGACAACUCACCCUGCUUUCAGCAUUUUAAAUGUCCCCUUCAUUAACUAAUCCUCUUCUUUUCACGAGUGUCAUUGUAUACAUUCACUGUGUUGUAGGAAUAACCAACUGUGCUUCAGGUCAUGUCUAAGAUUUUGAAAUAGCUGUUUGUGCAGUUACUCCUCCACAUCAAACAUUCUGAUCUGCAUCUAGGUAAAUGAAAUAUUCACAAGUGGUAACAUUCGCAAAUUACAAACAGGCUGUAGUUCCAUUGGAUAAAAAUCUAUCAGUUCAGGAGUUGAACUUUUUACUCUCUCAGUUUAGAAUUCAUCCUAUUAGUGGAGGAACAGAAUGCUGAAAUUAUUUUUUCAGGUCUCUUGCUAUUCAUCUUUGAACAUAAAAAUAAAUAAUGCUACUUUUACCAUGGCCUGAUGUGUCCAGAAUUGCUUUAAAUAGUUAUUAAAUUUGAUUAACUAAAUAUUUGUAGUGUUACUCACUGCAUAUGCUAUAUGUCUCUGUCUCUCCCUACACCCAAACGCCUCCAAAAACCUGUAGCAACUGCUGUUUAGCAACUGUGAAUAAAAUAUCUUGAUGCACAUAGGCCAACAGGAUAGAUCUCACUUUCAGCUAAUUGCUGCACUACAGAUGUUUAACAUAAUGUCACAUUGUAAACAGCAUCUGCAGUCAAUCUGUAUUCCUGAGGAAGAUGUAUUUAGCAGUUUCAAAUCCUAUAAAAGCUCUCAUAUUUUAUUAUUUAAGGCUUUAUUGAGACAGUGUACCCAGUAGCCAAAAAUAUAGUGGCACACUGUGACUAAGCACAUAAUAAAAAGAGAUAGUAAUAGUGUAUGGUGUGAGGUAAAUGAUAGUUUGUAAAGUGCUACGAGGUAUAAUGUGAUAAGGGAAUAUAAUUAUGAAACAUUGUAACAGAAGUAGUGAAUUGCAGAGAACUGUAUUAAUGGGAUCAUAGUUGAAAUCAAUCUGAUAUGGGAUAAAUAGUGAGAAGCUGAAGGUAAAUGAUGGAGCAUGCAACGUAAUAAUGUAUAUACAAUAUGAUAGAUGAUACAGUGGGAGUUGAGUGUACAGUAGGAAGGUAAAAUGAUGGUGGAUACACAGUAGGAGGGUAAUAUGCUGCAAGCUAUACAGUUGGGAUAGAGACUAAAAUGUGCCUAAAAGCUCCUGAAAACAUCAGAGGGACAGAUCCAAUAACGAAUCUCAGAAAAUUUUAACCCCUUUUAAUUUGCUCAAAGAUGUUGGUAAAAUGACAAGGCUACGCAUAUUGCCCACCUGAGUUGCACUAUGAAUGUGAUAACGGUUCAUCUAAUUGUAAUUGCAAAUGACCUAGCUUGAUGGACGACUUUACCGAAUAGUAAGAAUUGAGUGUAAAGUGCAGGACUGGUGUCACAUUUGGCUAGAUCAUGUAACAGUAGCAGGUUCUUUAAUUAAGGUCAAAUUUAAUUCAUCACUCCUGAGAUGAGUUUGUAGUUUCUCAUUUAGUCGAGUGGAAAGAUUCAGGUGGGGGACACUGCUUUCUUCCCAUCUCUGUCCUGUUAAAUCUGGGGCAAGAGGGCACUAAGCUUUCCUGAAUGGUAUCAAUUUAGCUUGUUAAGUAGGUUAUUAAUACUGGACCUCAUUCCGCUGUGGUUGUUGGACUCUGCCUGUGAGAAGUCCGAAAAGCUAACCUGGAGUAGGAGUAACCGGAAGGCAAAAUACAGGGCUACUGGUAAGAUUCUUAGUAGUGUAGAUGAGCAGACAGAUCUCGGUGUCCAUGUACACAGAUCCUUGAAAGUUGCCACCCAGGUUGACAGGGCUAUUAAGAAGGCAUACAGUUUUUUAGCUUUUAUUAAUAGAGGGAUCGAGUUCUGGAACCAAGAGGUUAUGGUGAAGCUGUACAAAACUCUGGUGCGGCCGCACUUGGAGUAUUGUGUACAGUUCUGGUCACCGCAUUAUAAGAAGGAUGUGGAAGCUUUGGAAAGGGUGCAGAGGAGAUUUACUAGGAUGUUGCCUGGUAUGGAGGGAAGGUCUUACGAGGAAAGGCUGAGGGACUUGAGGCUGUUUUCAUUGAGAGAAGAAGGUUGAGAGGUGACUUAAUUGAAACGUAUAAAAUAAUCAGAGGGUUAGAAAGGGUGGAUAGGGAGAGCCUUUUUCCUUAGAUGGUGAUGGCAAGCAUGAGUGGGCAUAGCUUUAAAUUGAGGGGUGAAAGAUACAGGACAGAUGUCAGAGGUAGUUUCUUUACUCAGAGAGUAGUAAGGAGAUGGAACGCUUUCCCUGCAACGGUAGUAGAUUGGCCAACUUUGGGUACUUUUAAGGCGUCAUUGGAUAAGCGUAUGGACGUACAUGGAAUAGUGUAGGUUAGAUGGGCUUGAGAUCGGUAUGACAGUUCGGCACAACAUAGAGGGCUGAAGGGCCUGUACUGUGCUGUAAUGUUCUAUGUUCUAUUAUAAUAGUGGGCUUCGAAAGGGAUCCCUCAUUCAAAGGAGCUCGCAUAACCGAAGGACCUUGGAUUUGGAAAGGUGGGCUGAGAGAUGAUGGUGAGGAUACUGUGACAC